UGGGAGAGACAAAGAGACAGAUCAAAGACGAGACUGAUGUUUUGACAGAAGUGCACAUACACACCUCUGUCCUCUUUGAAGUAAUGGAAAGGUAGCUUCCUAAAGCAUAGUCCUAGCAGAUCAUUGACUUUGGAAGCUACAAACCUCUGGACAAGUCACUUCAGUUUGUCGCUCCAGUCUCAUGGUCAUGUAUCUCCCAGAGGAACGGCCUGUUCUGGACUUACCUUACCAAAUGAAUCAUUUGGCUAAUAACUACGGAUACUAUCCACAAGACUGCAAGGAACCUAUUUGUCGGACUCAACAUGGCCUCAAUGGCAGGAUGAACAGUCCUGAAGCUGAACUGACCUCACUUCCAGUUCAUGUAUCACUGCAAGAUCGAGAGCUUUGGGACAAAUUCAGCAAUAUUGGCACAGAGAUGCUGAUUACUAAAUCUGGCAGGCGGAUGUUUCCCAGCUGCAAAGUAACAGUGACAGGCAUGAAUCCAAAAGUCAAGUAUGUGGUGAUAAUGGACAUGGUGCCGUUUGAUAACCACAAGUACAAGUGGAGUAAAGAUCGUUGGGAAGGGAAUGGUUCAACUGAUCCACACCUGCCCAAUCGGUUCUUCAUCCAUCCAGACUCUCCUGCACCUGGAGAAAAAUGGAUGCAAUAUCCAAUCUCCUUUCACAAGCUAAAACUGACCAACAACACCCUCAACUCAAAUGGCCUUGUGGUUCUCCACUCCAUGCACAAAUACCAGCCCCGUCUACACAUAGUCCAGUCUCCAGACCCCUGUAACCCUCACAACCCUGGCGGGUAUCUGCGCUUCACCUUUCCAGAAGCUGCUUUUAUAGCCGUCACAGCUUACCAGAACCAGGAGAUUACAAAACUCAAGAUUGACAACAAUCCCUUUGCCAAAGGCUUUCGUGACAAUGGGCUGAACAGGAAAAGGUUUAGAGACAACGACAGCCAAGAGACCCAGGAUUCAGAUGGACAGGCCAAACAGGAUUUCACACCAAAUGAGCAUGUGGGACAACCACAGAAAGAUGAGGAUGUGGAUGUGACCGUGUCAAGCUCUGUUGACUGCAGCAGAUUUCUGAGUUCUUCAGAAGUGGCUUCGUCUGUCACCCCCAACCCUUUCAUAUCAGCCUUCAUAAACCCCAGUACUGCUGGAGGACCUUCACCCCACCAGAACCACACCAUUCUCAGCCUCAAUAACAGCCUCAAUAACAGUCACCUGAACAGUCCCAGAGAAGCCAGAUCCUCCAGUCUCCACAGUCUGUGUGCAGCUCUGCCUGUGGCCCAGAGCUCCUGUGUCCAGACCUCCACAGUAGACCUCAGCAGACUGCCAUCUCAGAUCAGCAGCCCUCUAAACCCCCAGCAGCACCAUCACCACAGCAGCCCAGCCUCUCAAACCCCAGGUAGAUCCAUAAUCCAGCUCCAGCCUUAUUUUCGGACCCCUCCCCACCCCUCACGACAAUGUCCUGACAUGGAGCUGCCCCUCCCUCUGCCUCCUAAACUGAGCCGGAUGCAACUCCCUGAAAGUGCUCUGAGGAACCUGGAGAUGACCCCAGUCUCCGACUAUGUUAAUCCGAGGCCCCUCACCGACAUCCUCAACAGGAUCCAUUUCCGAGCGUUAGCCUCAGGACCAUCAGGGAAGGUCCUGCAAAAUCCCCCCCAACCUGAGCAGUACCUCCGUGGCUCAGACCGAGAGCUGCGUCCGCAGAUUUAUCCAGCAGUUCAUGAAUACAUCGAUCAGCAGUUCACAUUAAACAGCAUGCUGAACAGCCAGACAGAACACAGAUCACAGAUGGACUAUGCCAAUGCCAAAUCACUAACUGAAUACUACUGUGAACAGCAGACUAGGAAAUGAAGUUUUUCAGUCAUCAUCUAUAAUUACGCCUCAUUCUGUUGCUCAUUUCCAGCAGAGAAUGCACUGCUCUGCAUUACUAGAUUUACAAACCAGAUUAAAGUUGAACACAGAGGGGUUCCCAACCAAAGAAUGUAAAUAUUAUUUUCAGUGGGAUACAAGAUUGUUGUUAGCUGUCUCUAAUGUCCAUAUUUAUGUUUAGUCUGUCUGAACUUUUAAACUGUACUGUCUAAAUUUCAAUGUCUAAAGUCAACAUGAAACCAACAUUGACUAAACCUUCCUACGUGUAACAUUUAAACAAGCAUUUCCUUUAAACGGCUUUGAAAACUAUAUAUAUUGUGAAAGUGCUAUACAAAUAACUUUCUUUUCUAAAUUUAUGUUUUUAAACAGA